AUGGCAUACAUUGGAGGAGGAAGACGCCCUGGAGAAAGAACAUACUCGCAUAAACCUAUAAUUCAAGACUUUGUACCUUCUUCAGCUUGGACAGAGGAUGCCGAUGGCCAUUAUCUCUUUGUGGGUCUUCCUGACUUCCGAAAGGAUCAAGUGAGGCUCGAGGUUGAUACUUCUUCUGGCAAUGUAACGAUCACCGGGAAGUUCGACAGCGAGAUUCUCUUUGUAACUGUGCCAAAAUUAGUGCAAGCAGAGAAGCAGCAGGAAGUCCCCAAGAGAGAAACCGAAAACAUCAGCAGCAGCAGCAAUAUUACAGAAGAAAUCAAAGAGGAAAUCAGUCUUCAUCAAAAACAGAAUGAUGAAAAUGUAAACAGCGAUCAUCCCCAAGUGCAUGGCAAAGAAGAACACCAUGAUGAUAAUGCAAAAUUGAAAAAUCAUGAACAAGAGCGACGGUAUGAGAAGAAACAAAUGGAUUGCAGCCGGGUAGAUAGUUUCAGUAAAGAGGAGGUAGAGAAGUGGGCGAAAGAGACGAGUCAGGUGGGAUGGGCAAUCAAGAUACUGAAGAGAAACAAAGGGAUAGUUCUUACGGCAAUGAUAGCAUUCUGUUUGGGGGUUUACGUUUCUCGCAAGUUCGGAGCUGCUCUUACACACAAGGCUGCCACUUUUCAUUAA